UUACACACACACACACACACACACACUACUGCUUCAUUCCAGACCCCCUCCAUCUUUAGGCUCUAUCUUUGAGUCCCAGAUGAGCAUUGCUCUCACCUAGAAGGGAGAUAACAAAUCCCACACUACUCUCCUCCCUGCUCUGCUUUCCUCAAAACUCUUCACAUUUGAUCCCCCCUCCCCAAACUCUAGUAGAAGAGAAACUCCUUCUUGUCCACUGUUGUGGGAGCAAAUGAAGGACCCUGCAGUAGAAACAGUCGAGGGGCCAAAGCGAGACAAAACCGGAUUGGUGAAUGCAUCAGGGAUGCUACCACAACACGGCGCUCUGCAUGUUUCUGACAUUUCACAGAGUGCUGCGUCUGCCUCUCACUCAAUCGCACCGCUGGCCAACAAUAGGCAGGUUGUUUUGGCUGGUCGGCCCUAAGCGUUCCAUUCCAUUCCAGGUGGGUGCCUAGUCCGUCCCCACACUGCCCUCGUGCUCAACCCUGACCCCUUUCCAACAUAAACAGCAGAUCCUCACCUCUCACCCUUCUGGCUUUACCUGAUAAUCUGUCUCUGUGGAUCACCCCCACCUUGUUUUUCUUUUUUCCCUCUCUCUCUCUUGGUGUCUCACAUUCUCUCAUGAGCUCGUUCUUUGUGUCACCCUUGCCCUGACCUCUGACCCCAGUCAGAUCAGAGCGUGGCAGAUUGAGUAGCAUCUGUGACCUCCCUGGGCAUUUCUCCCCUUGCCCUUCUGCGGUAUACCCGUCACAUUCAGUAUGUACCAGUUGGCCAGACCCAGUCUUGAAGUGGGCCUGUUAUACGGGGAGAAUAUUCAGACACCUACAUCCUCCGAUUUGAUAGAUUAAGUUUACUUUUUGCCCAUUUAUCUACACACAGAAACCCUUCAUUACAAAUACAAGAAAGAAAUUAUAGCUUGAAUUUCUUUCUAUUGCACACAAGUUAGUUAGGUCAACAUUAUGUUCUUGUGUUAUUCUGAAGAUACUGCAUCCAGAAUACCCGAAGUAAACAAAGUUGCGUUAACUGCGUUAACAUAUUUUAUCACAGUAAUCUCGGCCACAUCAAUUCCAUUGACUCGUUAAUUUUGACAGCCCUACUGAGAGCUGAGCACUGUAAAUGGUCAUUUGUUUGGCUUUUAAAAAUACAGCUGGAAUAGAUUCUUAUAUUUCCAUUACUAGAUGUUAAGCCGCAUCACAGACUUUUGCGUUCUUUGAACUGUCCCUUUUUUUGGAACAGUGUUAGAAUGACCGAUUGGAAAACGCAAUUACACCAUCUUUAUGUAAUGCUAGCCUUUGCAUUGGAUUUGACCACAGCGUCUUUGGUUUUCUCCUGUCUGAGUCUAUAUCAUCAGGUUUAGAAGCGGGUUUACAGGGCCGGCUGUCAAACUUUCCAGCUCUCUAGAUUUCUUCCCGACAGUUGGUCUCUUUCCUCUGCUUCUCAUCGGAAACGAAAGCCAACCGGAGGGAGCAGAGAAGGAUGAUGACUGGGCGAGCUGACUCUCACUGUUGGUAGCCAGUGAGUCCAGCCUUUCAGAUGAAGAGCCUUCAAUACAGGAGCAUCGCCCCCAAGGCCCCGGCCGUGGUGCCCUCCCCCUCCCCUGCGGUCCUGUCCUGCCAGCCCCCCUCUUCCCUCCCUGAGGCUACCACUGCCACCAGCCCAAAGUCCAUCAUUGUGCCCACCCAAAACUAUGCACUGAUGCAAAUUGCAGGUCAGGAUGGCACAUUCUCUUUAGUGGCGCUGCCCCCUUCUGUGGCCUCUCAGACACCACAGCAACAACAGCAACACACCCAAAAUAACCUGAAGUUGCCAAUUCCGAGAUACCAGCCAGUGAGGAGCAAAGGGACUACAGAUAAGGUCAAGUCACCACCACCAUCUGCUAGGGUUAAAACACCCUCCAAGGUUGCUGUGAUGGCACAAACCAAGUCAGUUGUCAGUGUGGCAUCAACAGUGAUGAAAAAACAACAACAUGAGUGCAAGCACACAAAGGAAACACUUGUGCCCAAAGAGGAGCCUUCAGAGCAAGUUCUUCUGAUAGACCCAGCCUCUUCUGACAUCUCUGUCACUGCUUUACUCCCAGACAAUGCCGUACUUUACCCGGGUUCUCAGUUAGAGCAAGGACAAGAUGCUUCUGAACGACCUGCUCUAACUAGUCUCAUUCAGAAUCUCCAGUAUCCCCCAACUGCUGUCAAUGGUUCACCAGGAAAACCCCAGGAGGAGAGUAAUACCACACUGAGGCUGUGCCAAUCUAAGUCCGCUGCAGCCCAGUCGUCGAGCAGUAUCACUGUUCUGUCCUCAGCCAUCUUUAGCAAAGCAGUCCAGAUUAUCCCGUCUCCACCUAAAGGUAAACUGGCCAUUAUGCCCUACUCUAAAAUGAAGAGCACCCUUAUUCCUGCUGCAAAGCUCAGCAAUUUAUCUCCAGAGAAGAAGGGUUUGUCUUGCCCGACUGGAUUUACCAGUUGUACCUUAAAACCUUCAUCCGAGCCCCUUGAAACUGCUGACACCUUGGGUCACAACCAGAUGCCAAAAUCAACUCUACAGCACCAGGCCAAGAUCACAUUCAUGCCUGUAUUGGGAACCCUCCAGAAACCGCCUGGCAAGAAGAGGGGGAGGAAGAGAAAGACCAUGGAAGACAUCUUGGCAUUUGAGGCAAGAAAGAAGAGGUCUUUGUCUUUCUUCCGUAGAAGGGUCCCAGAGAAACCGUCAGCAGUUGUUCCAGGCUCCGAACCAAAGGAAGUUGAUAUUUCAAAGAAGUACCGCAGCAUCCGACCCAAGCCCAUUUUGGUUAUGGAGACAGUUUCCCAACUGGUUAAUUUGCCUGCUAUUACACCAGAUGGCCAGGAACAGGAGCUUGUUCUUGGUCAUCAGCUCUCCACCACUACCACAACCAAGCCCCUGGACUGUCCUCCCCAACCAGCCCCCGUAGCCCUCCACCUGAGAGGGACCUCCCAUUCGCGGGUGUUCAUAGGCAGCCGUCCGCUCCAUCGUUGCCCCACCUGCAGUCGCUGUUUUCAAUUCAAGCAUCACCUCCAGAGCCACAUGAACAGCCACACUAACCAGCGGCCCUACGUCUGCCCAGUGUGCCGCAAAGCAUAUGCUCACUCCGGCAGCCUAAGCACCCACAUGAAGCUUCACCACUCUGAGGUACGCCCACGCCGCUCCCUGAGCUGUGAGUUCUGCGAGAAAGCGUUCGGAUACGUGGGGGUUUACUUCAGUCAUUUGAGAGAGGUCCACAAGGUGGUUCUGACCGUGGAGCCAUCCAUCAGCCACCAUGAGGAUGACCUGUCUUUGGAGGGGGGCAGCUACCCAGAGCCAUCAGAUGAGCAGGAUCGCGAAGACCCUGUGGAGCUGCAGAUUAAAUGUGGCCGCUGCCAGGCCAUCACUCCGACUUUUGCUGACAUGAAGAUGCACUUGCUGUAUGUUCAUGGGGAGGAGGUGCAAGUCCCACUACAUGAUGACCAAGUUCGAGUUGGCCGAGAGGCUGAGAAUGAGCUAGUAAAGCAUGCUGCCCACUACUGGCGACAGCUCAACGAGAAGCGCAACCUGGUCAAGUGCGGCAGCUGCGAUGAGGAGUUCAUUUCCUUCUCAAAGCUCAAGAAGCACAUCAUGUCCCACCACCGUGGAAGGGAGGGGGUGGACAACGAGAGCCUCUCAUCUCCAGAUAGACGUGGAGGCCUUGGAAUCCUUGCAGCAGGUGCAGCCUUUAACUGUGUGCUUUGCAGCGAGAUGUUGGACAGUAAAGAGGGUGUUAUGGAGCACUGGAGGAGUCGCCACCACUGUGAGCAGCCCAACCUUCUGUGGGAGGCAUUAAGCUCCUACUCUGGUCAGGAAGAGGCAGAGCCGGAUGGGGACCUGGACACUCCUGCUCCGAGCCCACACUAUCCAGCCUAGCCCUCACAUGGCCAUUGAGCCCUUUACAAGGACUCCUCCUCCUCACACACACACGCUCAUCACAGGGAAGGAGAGUUUCUGUUAUAUCUUUUAUCACUAAAUCUUUCAUCUCUCACCAGUUGAGGCAUUUGGCUUGGUGCUGAAAUAAAAAUGAAAGGGUAAAAGAAUGUCAAGCCAAUGGUGAAAAUUGAUCUUGUGUAGUAUAGAUUCAGAUUUUAUAUUUAAUAUUAUUUGUCACGUUUUUGUUUUUGAACAUUUUGUUUGAAAGUAUUUAAAAUUGUUCGAUCAUUAUUUUCUACUGCUUAUUUAAAUGUUUUAAAUGACCCAGUUAAUACCUAGCUGACAUAGUAAUACUAUUAACGUGUAAUUUCUCCCAAAUUCUCACAGUAUCUAGAAAUGCAGAUAAUGUAGUUUCACAUCAUAUGUGGGUGCCACCCGUGGUGGUGAGUCUACACCAACAAAGCCUCCUGUCACCAUGUAAUGAUGUAUAAGUCUCAGUCCCCAAGUCUCAGUACAAAACCCUAACCCUUGAACGGUGGAUCGAGGGACGUGCUGUUAGCUCUCUUUGCUCUGAGGGCUGCCAGUUUAGUAGUGAGUACUCUUUGAGUGGUAGGUCACUAGAGUAAGUUAGUCAUUUGAGGCUUUAGUGCAAGACUGCUAUUGUGACCGUUCAAUUCACAUGUGUUUUUUUAUUUGCAAUGCCAAAAGCGAAGCAAAUUAUUCGCGCGAGUAGAUUCAAUGCACAGACGUGACUGUUGCGGUGUGCGGCGAUGGAUGAUGCCCUGAACCCAAACACAAAAGUGUCUGCCGUUCCAACGUUUGUGUAAUUCACACAACAAAUAAAGAGCAGAAAUAGUAGUUAUUUAUUUCCAUGGUGGAUAGCGGAAAUUAUUAUAACUGUCUUUACGGAAAUAUGCCACACCACCUUGCGAAUGAAGUGAACAAAGGAGACUCUAAUGAAGCGAAAUAACUAGUCGGGCGAGUAAAGUGUGGCGAAAAUUCGCUUUGCUUUUGGUGUGAACGGAGCAUAAGAAGAACGGCAGAUUCCACCCAAUCCUAGUCCUGGCGGGCUAAAUGCGUUUUUAACGGUUCUGCCCAUACGAACGUUGCAUAUGACAGAUGUUUUCCAGUCACUUCCCCCUUCAAAUCUUGCUCAAUGGGCUCUAGUUUGAUCCCAAGUGGCACCAGGGCCAGAACGUCAGGGUGUCCAUCUUUCAUUGCCAGACAUUGAGGCCUUGGGGUGUAAACCUAUGUCUGAUUGCUGUAGUGUCCUUGGGAGUAAUCCCUUAAUUCCGAGAGGUUGUGGGGACAGAGGCCUCUCUAUUGGGCCGCGUACAGUUUGGCAGCGCUGGACCAUCAAGCAAUGGAGCAUGCAAGGGAGUAUUUUCGGGCAGUGCAGUCUUUUCUCCAGGUUUGGCACCAGCACGUUCUCAUUUGGUAAGAUAGCACCGCGGCAGUUUAUCAUAUCAUUAUUAUGACGGGUGGAAACAAGUCCGAGCAGCGUCUGUAUAUGUAAUUUCUGACAUUUCCUAAACCCCAGGGCCAGUCCUCUCCCAAAUGCGCUGAAAAGGGCAAAGACCUCCCCCACCAAGGGCCGCCUAAAAAAAGAAGAGCGAUUCUACCCAGAGGUAGUGGAAUGGAGCACUAAUUGCAGAGAGGAAGUGGACAUCUUUGCCUUAAAGACAUCCGCGCAUUUGCUCUGGUAAAUCCAGCAUAAUAUAAAUGACCAGUUCUCUAGUGCACUAUACCUCACUUAGUUAGACCUUGAUAGCCUGCAUUCUCUAUGCCUUCCCCCAAAUUCCACUUAUUGAUCUGAUGCUAGACAGUCCACCAGGGAGGCAGCGUUCUACUGCUAGAAGACCCCAGUCGUCAUGGGAUGCUGUGAUUUCCAGGGUUUGUGAAACUGCUUCAUGGGGAGUCAUGGAGCCUCCCAAGGUAACCUAAUCUACUCUCUCCUUUUGACUGUUGCAUUGAGCAUACAAAUGUGAAUCACCCUCUUGGGUUUGUCUAGUCAGUUAUCCACACUGUGAUAAAUUUGAGGAGCUCCCUACAAUAGGUCCACUAUGAAAGUAUUUUUUUAAUCUUCAAAAAGCUGCACAGUACAUGUUGAGGAAGCAAAGAGCUGCUUAGUAGCCAUCAAUCUGUAUCCAUCAUCGUCAUCGUUUUUUGGAGGUAGUUCAGUAAGCAGAGCACCAGGUGUGCAGUAUUCAGUCCACCAGCUUCAUCUGAGAAGGCAAAGGAGCCAUCAGAGCAUUUGUGCCUGGUUCAGGUGCUCACGGUCUAAGGAGGCCACUUACAAUUUAAGAACGAUCAACUUUUGAUUUUGAAUAGGGGUUGUAAGAAAAGUCCACCACUGACAGAAAAUCACCUGCACCUGGUACCAGGAGGUGCCCAUCUAUGUGGAGUGUGUCCCCAUUCUAGGCAGCCUCAGAAGACCUCUGUGCUGCUGCCACCUGGCUGUCUUCAUGUAACUAUUACCGUGACUGCUCAUCAUGCUACAUCAACGGAAAUCCUGUCCACGGCUUCCAUUUCAUAGUGCGGUGGGCACUCCUUGGGACCUUGCUGGUGAAUUUGUACAGUGCUAAAGCACUGGUGGUCUGGAAAAAGGAAGUAGAUUUAGAGUUACGGACAUAGUGGGAUGGAACAGAUAAUGCAAGGGCAUUAUGGUUUUGUACUGGUCCUUAAACCCACGUCAUCUCAUGGCCGCAUUGUUGGUAUGAGAUCCUGACCUGAGCAUAUGUCUAGGUCAACAGUGAUCCAGAAUUCAUAAAACUGUAGCAACUUUUCAUAAAUCUAAUUUUUUGAGAUUUCCCUCUCCACCCAAAUUAAAAAUUUCAUUGUAAAUGAAGACGUCAUUGUAGAAACAGUAUCACCAUCACUCUGGAUUAUCCAGGGGAAACUUCUUUUCUAUAAUACUGUAAGCACCACAAACAAAAUUCCAUUCACCUCCAUUUCAGGGGCCCUCGGGCAGAAAACAUUAAGAUCUUACCUCAACUAAAAUUAACAAAUGUCCAUGGCUAGAUAGCACAAGGGUUAAGCGAGAAAAUGCUUUGUUUUUUAUUUGGGUGGACUGACCCUUUUAUAAUAUGCUGAGAAAUGUCAAUCUCAUAACAAGGGCACACUGGCUGACAAUUAAUCAAUUGGCCUUGGAUCGUAACAGUUUCAAGAAAAUCCUUCAGUGUAAACAAUCAUUUUAUGUAAUAUUGCUCCCGUUACGGUAGAUCAAUAUUUUAGUAAUGACUUGAACUCCGUCUAAUUGAGGGCAGUAUUAGGGUCCUCUGACUAACCAGGCCCACGAAGGAACACUUUCCUAACCAGCACCCAAGUGAUAUCCUUGUGGCCUUCUGAAAAAAAAAUCUGUGUCCAUGCGUAGUGUGGCUUACGGUCAGUAUGGUCCUCUGUAGGCCAGGUUCUAUCUCCUUGACUUGUUGUUUAAUGCCUAUUUGUGUAUUCUGUGAUAUGCCAAGGAUUUAUUCACACUAUUGAUUGUAGAAGUGAGUUUUGCAUUAAGCUUUUUAACCACUGACAGAGUACUUUUAUUUGACUUGUUCAAUACGCAAGGGAAACCAUCAAAUUGCCUGUUGUUGCCAUGUAUGCACCUGUAGAAUUGUGUGCCCCCAGACUCUAUUAUUGGAGUUAAUAUAAACUGUUGUUUAGUCCAGAAAAUAUGCUAUUUUAUACCCUAGAUUAAUACAGAGAUCUGUUAGUAUAUUUAUGCUUUUUGUUGGUCCAGAACCAGCAGUGAGACUAUUGUUAUGUUUGCUUCUUCUAAGUUGGGGAAGGCUUUUUGUCUUGUUUCUUGAUGGGAGGCCAUUAGUACAUGGCCCAUACCUCUGCUAACAGUUGUCUGUGUUUACCUUUUUAUAUGAAGAAAAAAAUAACAUAACAGGGUAAAGUGAAUGUACCUGAAUGUUUUCAAAACCCCACCAAAAGUAUAUAUACAGUAUAUGCUAUAUAGACUUAUUCCAUGGAUAGAAUAUAUAGAUAUAUUGACAAAAAGAUACACAUAAAUAUAUAUAUAUAUUUACAUAGAGUAAGUAGUGAAACCGCUGCUGUGUUCUGUCCUAGUGGAGAAAUAAAACAAGAUAAAUAUAUCAUUGCCAACACCGGCAACAAAAGCCAUGUAAAUCUGUCCUUAUGUGUCUGACACAAAGGGCAAUGCACUGAUGUCUAAAUGUCGCACUGAGUGGUAUGUAUGUCAAAUGCCAUGUUUGAGUGUCCAUCAGUGAACUGUCCUUUGUUUUCAGGCCUUCAACAUAAACCAGGAAUUUACACACUUUAGGGGUCAGACUCUUUUCUCCUCAUUUAGAUGAGCGUACAUGACUGUCACUGUUGGCACAAGUUGGAAAGUGAAAAAUCCCACAUUAGGUGGUGUGAUGUGUUUGACUCCCUUAAAAUGUUGACUGUGUCCACAAAAAAAAAAAGACUGAAAGUGUUUGUGUUAGUGACUGUCCGUACCUGGAAAACUAAAUCAAUGAGAAUAAAGGUGUGCUUUGUUGAGGAAA